UUCUAUAUGUGCAGAUACAGUCCUACUCUUAGCUAGCUUAACUAGCAUGCUCAUAUUGGUUGCUGGCUAGCGUUGUGUAUCCAGCAGUGCCCUCAGAACAAAUAGUUAGCUGUCAUAGAAAAACACAAAGCCUCCUUUGUUUACCAUUGUGUAUAACAGAAUGACUGCUGCUGCAUUUGUUGUUAUUGUGUUUCUUGGGCUUCAGCCGAGGCUGAAACACUAGUAACGUUACAGAAGCAAUGCUUUGUUCCCCUUGCAAGAUGAGGUCAGGCUGCAGAUAUGGGUAGACAACAUGAAGCGAGAGGAGUGGAUCCCCAGCAGACACCAGUACCUGUGUAGUGAACAUUUCACUGAGGACUGCUUUGACCUGCGAUGGGGGAUCCGGUACCUGAAACACACUGCCUUCCCUACCAUCUUCCCUCACACACACCAUGAUGAAGAUAGAGCCAUUUCCACCAGUAAGAACACCACCAAGCCCAAAACCAGGAUAUGCGACGCCAACAUUGAACUCAUCCGCUCCCCCUCCCCUCCUGGCAAGAAUACACCUCUGAUUCUGAAAAGGACAGUCAGAGUGGAACCAGUCGUGGUGAGUGUCACUCCUGUCCCUAACCCUGAGGAUGCGAGUGAAUCUACGGUCACUACACUGUUAUAUGAAAGACCGCUUGUUUCAGACACAGAGGCCUCUACUCCUAGUGAAAUGGUCCUGGGGGAGGUGAUGCUCUCAGAGACCCAGGCUGCAGUGUGUGAGGUGAACAGAGAACGAUCUGGAGACAGUGGUGGGAUACUGACAGCCUCAUGCUUGAACCUGUCUGGUGAGACACUGCAGCAGCUGGAUACACUGGACUCCACUGUGACUGUGCUCUGCUGUGAAUCCGUCGUCCCUGUCGGCCAUUUCUCUGAAUGUGAAGCCACGGUGGACGCCCUCCAUGUGGCCCUCGGUCAGACGUUUAGGAUCUUCCCUCUGGAGCUGCGGAGGGAGGAGUGGGUGGGAGACCGGGAGGAGGGCCCCGGGGAGGGGGAACACAUCUCUGUGUACGAGCACUCCUACUCCAAACAGGACACGGACCAGGAACAGCUGUGGAGGAAGACAGCCAGCCUCCACAACAAGAUCAUGGAGCUGGAUAGGAGAGAGGAAAGCACCAUGGCUAAAAUACGAUCGCUUGAGAGCGAGAUGGCACAUCUGAAGAAGAGCAACAUUGUUUUCAAAGAAAAGCAGAAAUUACUAGAGGACUAUAUUACUUCUGCGUUGCUCUGAUGUCUUAACCCUAGUGCUUUGUUUCCAUUAACAACGGUCUUUCUGAUGAGAUGUGUUUUGUGUUGUUAUUACACAGUUAUUACAGGGUUAUUACAGUCUCAAUCACUUGUACUUAUUUAUUAUCUGUUUACAUGUUUCACACGAGUUUUAUUACUUACUUGUAGUGAGGCCCUUCUCGGAGAACGUUCUGGGCAGGGGAUCCCUGUCCUUCCAUUUGUCUCCGCUAGGUGGCACUGUGUCUUUAGGAUAGGCCCUGGCGCUAUGCACUACUGUUUAUGUUUAGAAUGACAUAAAUGUCAUUUGGAGUGUAAUUUGGAGCGUUUUAAGGGAAGUGAUAUUCCCUAUUCUUGUGCUACAGAUGGUUGUUUGUUUUAUUCAAUGAUAUAGUAUUUGUAUAUCAUAUCUACUGUGCGGUCAUACGGCUCCUUACUUUGCUUGUUAUUAAUGUAUAAAAAGGGAAAUGUUUUUCGCUACUGUUUUAUAUGUAUGUGGAUAAUAACAAGUAUCCUGUGGUAUGUAAGUAUCUGAGUAAUUGAGACGAUUGCACCGUUUUAGGUGUAUCUUCUUGGUUCUAAUUAAAUGGUUGAAUAGGAAAAGGUGCAAUGCUUGCUCACUAUUCGAAAUAUAUGUUUAUCCAAGCAACUAUUAAAAGCUUGACAUUUCGGACUUCAUCAAUGGCCUUCAUCAGAACAGGUUCUGAUAAAUAAACGGGUUCUGGUGAAUAAACCGGUUCUGAUAAAUAAACCGGUUCUGAUAAAUAAACCGGUUCUGAUGAAUAAACAGGUUCUGAUGAAUAAACAGGUUCUGAUGAAUAAACAGGUUCUGGUGAAUAAACAGGUUCUGAUAAAUAAACCGGUUCUGGUGAAUAAACCGGUUCUGAUGAAUAAACCGGUUCUGAUGAAUAAACAGGUUCUGAUGAAUAAACCGGUUCUGGUGAAUAAACAGGUUCUGAUGAAUAAACAGGUUCUGAUAAAUAAACCGGUUCUGAUAAAUAAACCGGUUCUGGUGAAUAAACAGGUUCUGAUAAAUAAACAGGUUCUGAUGAAUAAACCGGUUCUGAUAAAUAAACCGGUUCUGAUAAAUAAACAGGUUCUGAUGAAUAAACAGGUUCUGAUAAAUAAACCGGUUCUGGUGAAUAAACAGGUUCUGAUAAAUAAACAGGUUCUGAUGAAUAAACCGGUUCUGAUAAAUAAACCGGUUCUGGUGAAGGCCAUUGAAGGCUGAAACGUCAAGCUGUUAAUAGUUGCUUAAAUAAAAUAAUACAUUUGAUGUUCAACAAGCGUUGCAUCUUUUUGAUGAUGUAACUGUUUGCUCCUUGACUCCCAUUGGUUGGGCGUCCUCUACUUCUUUCCAUAAUGUCAUUAAAUGGUCAACUGACUUCUCAUUGAUGAAAAUACAA